AUGCUACUAUGUAUCAAACAAGCAGACCAGAAUGGAGCGAGUGGUCUAGGUGGAUAUGGAAUCCAGACUACCAGCAAUAUUAUCGCCAAAGAUCGCAUAGGCAACUCUGAUAUCCAAUGGCAGAGCGAGUAUGAGUCUGCUCAGAAUAGAGAGGUCCCCCGAACUCCUGUGCAAGUCCCUGCACAAGUUCAACAGAUGGACCAGAUGGACCAGGUGACCCAGCAGUUUGGUUCAGUCAACAUACAGAGCCCUGAACAAGCGGCUGGAGACGAGCACGACAAUAAUGAAUAUGUCACGGGCGGCUCAUCGUCGAGAGUAAAAUCCAAAUCAUCGAGGUCGCAUAGCAGUUCAUCAAAGUCGAAAUCGAAACCGUCCAAGUCCUCUGGUGGGAAAGGCAAGGCACCCGCUCAGGAAGCCAUUGACGAGGUUGAUGAACACGGUUAUGAAAAUCGUCAUAGUCAACGGAGACCAUCUGCAUCUACAACCACUCAACAAACAGAACAAACCUAUUACGACCCGAAUACUGGCCAGUAUUACAUGUUAUCACAAGCUACUCAAGGAGAUUCUACAUCGAACCAGCCCUAUCCAAGUGGCUCAGCCGAGGGGGAAGACCCGGAGCUUCAGGCAGCCCUUGCUCAAAGUCGACAGUAUUCGCGCGAUCAAUACCGAGGUGGCGAGUCGUCAUCUGCUGCGUACACUCCCUAUGCUCAAGACGAGGAAGAGGAUCCCGGGCCAGCUGUGGCCUCCACCAACCAAGAGCACAUUGUAGGCACUGGCGGCGAAACAGAGACUCUAGAUCCACGUUAUCGUGUUGCACAGUCUCACAUGUUCCAACCCGGCGAGGUCUUCAAAGUCCUCUGGCCGGAGCCAGCAGGAGGAGGCAGUGUAGUUGAAGAAACGGUAUAUCGUGACCGGUACGGCGGUCAAAUAUUUGUUCAUUUCCGUCGGUUCAUCGUAGUCGCAAACGAUCGUGGCCACUGCACUUGCAUACCUAUCUCUACCUAUGGUAAAAAAGGCUGUAAAAAGAGUGGCGUCAAGGCUGAGCAACAUGGAAUUGUUGUUGAGAGUAGCAAUCGAAACCCUACCGCCCUACCUGGCGAGCCAGAGCUUGGAUAUCCUCCUGUUCGUGUGCACAUCCACGAGCCGGAUGAGCGAAUCGCAAAAGAGUCCCGAGUUAAUUACUCAAAACUCACGACGGUGGAACAUAAUGUCAAAGUGCUCUUCAUCGGUCGAGUGGUGACCUCAGAUUGGGAUACUGUCACCGAAGCGGUCAACGCUAGCUGGGCAAAGAAGACGCAUGUGCCUGUGAGCAGCCAGCUUCUCUGGCAUGCACCUGCGAAACUUGUCUCGGCAGCUUCGCAAUCUCGAGACAGAUACGGUAUAGGUUAUGCUCAGCUUUCCAAACAUGCUGCCUGA